AGAUGAUAUCAAACUUGUCAUCGUAUAGUGUUGGUUUAUUUAUCACGUGUGAUGAAUGUACAAUAUAAUAUAAACUGUGAGAAUAAGCUGCAAUUGAAGGUUUAUAUCAAACUGGUAGCCAAACAUCCCCCCCCCUCCUCUGCAAACAAGCUGGCGGAGGCGGGGCGCUAGAGCCGUGGAGCCGGACGCUCCAGAGAGAGUAAACACUUCUUUUCAGUGACUUUUAUUUGUGUCUCUGUGUCUGGACUGAGCAGGUUUCGGUAGAAGCACUGACGGUUCUCCGGACAUGCAGAGCAACUGAGCUUUAUUUGUAGAAGCAGUAAAAGAGCGAGCAAGAUCUUCCGUUUGGACGAGGAGCGGAAAAACGACCUGCCUGUCACCGGAGAGGAUGAGGGGAAACCUGGGGAAUGAUCCUGAGGGACUCUGCUGAUGGGGAGGAACACACGACUGGGAUGUAAACACGCGCAAUCGAUCUCUAAUCCGAAGGAACAAGAGGGCCAUUGUUGCCCCGUCACACCAGAUGAAACCCCGGCGUGCGUUGCAACAUUAGAUUUUGCAAGCUGACGUCACAGAUCACUGCUGUGAUCUGCAAUCAACAAUCAACUUGUUUCCCGUCACCAUGACUUCGCCACGUGAGCGCUCCCUCUUGCUGACUCACCUGCUCGUGCUCCUCCAGCUCGUCCUCCCUCUCACCUGGGCCCUUCUUCACCCUCCUCACCCUCCGCCCGUCCACGUCCCCACGCUCGUCCCUCACUCACCGACGCCUCUCAUCCGCUCCCGCUUCAGCGCUCAGACUCAGCUGGACUUCACCACUCGCUGCAACUCCAGCUGCUUCCACAGAGGAGAGCAGGAGGCCCAGAAGGAGCAGCUCACAGAGAAACUGGCUUUUGAGACGCUGUACGCCGACGGCUCCCGCACUCUCACCACUGUAGAUGUGGAGGGUGAUGAGGAGUUUGAAGGAGAUCCCUUCGCUCACCCUUCACCCGGGAGAGGGCCGAGAGUGAAGCCCAGGCACAGACGCGUGAGGCGGCAGAUCUACGGAGCGGACGGACGUUUCAACAUCCAAGGGGACAACUUCCUGUUGGAUUACCCUUUCUCCACAGCCGUGCGGAUCUCCACCGGCUGCACCGGCGUUCUUGUGUCUCGGCAGCAUGUCCUCACAGCUGCCCACUGUGUGCAUGAUGGAAAGGAUUAUGUCAAGGGGGCGCGAAAGCUCAGGGUGGGAUUCCUGAUUCCUCCAUUUAUCAACAGCACUAAUGCCGGCCUCACCUCUUCCAAGAAGCCUCUGGUCCGCUGGGUGAGGGUGAAACGUACCCGUGUGCCAAAGGGCUGGAUCCAGGGCCCUCAGGAGGUCAGCAUGGACUUCGAUUACGCCCUGCUGGAGCUGCGUUGGCCUCACCGACGUCCCUUCAUGCGCCUCUCUGUGGCUCCCUCCUCUGAUGACCUGGCAGGGAAUCGCAUCCACUUCUCUGGGUUUGACAGCGACAGAUCUGGGGAGCUGGUGUACAGGUUUUGUCCGGUGGAAGAAGAGUCCAGCGACCUGAUAUACCAGCACUGUGACGCACGACCUGGAGCCAGCGGCUCUGGAGUGUACGGAAGAGUGUGGGACAACGGUUUAGAGCGCUGGGAAAGGAAGGUCAUCGGCAUUUUCUCUGGACACCAGUGGCUGGAGAUAGAUGGGGAAAACAGGGAUUACAAUGUGGCCGUGCGAAUCACUCCUCUGAAGUUCGCUCAGAUCUGUUACUGGGUGCAUGGAAACCGACUAGACUGUGUCCAGGACUAAGAACCUGCACAACGUGUAAAAAAUACAGGGUGAAAUGUAUUAUUUCCCGAAAGAAAAUAGUGAAACAAGAUUAAAUCAAAUAAAAAAUAACACCCUUCUGUGAUACAUCAGUAGAGCAGAUAAAUACCUUUAGGAUCCCCUUCACUGAGGGUUUUCUCUCCUUCAAUCUCCCCCUGUAACAUCUGGGUCUAUUAGAUCAUCACCACGGCAUCUUUUCAUAUGUAUUUGCCCACAGCAGCCUAUUAACAUAAACCACUUUUUUACGAGAGGGAAAAAACACAUGUCCUCGUGUGCAGUGAGCAGUAGCACCAGAUUAUUUUCCUUCUGUGGACGACAGCAGUCCGACGUGUUGUCUUCACAUCUUUCCUGCUCUUUUCUCUGAUUUUGUGGAAAAUGGUUUAGUAGGUGUAUGCCUCUUCAAGGAUCAUUUGGUUUGUCCACUUGAUCUGCAUACACACCUACAUAAUACAUAGAUUAAAACAUGUUCUUGGACACCACUGAUGCUUCUUGACAUUUCAGCAGACAUUAUGCUCUUCUCAAUGUGGACUGGAGAGACGGUGUUAAUUUAAUUUUUUUGAGAAAUGCUUGAUAUAUUUUAUUAAAGAGAUUUAUAAGUGUUCGUGUCUGUGGUUUACUUUGAACUUUCAAGAGUGAUGUUGUGGCCCCCUCCUGUGGUCAGAACAAGUACUGCAAUGGAACUAAAUGGACGCACUCGUUCGGUUUAAAUUAAAUCUAAAGUCGAUUUAAUUGAUAAAACUGACAAAAUUAAUCUGCAACUAAUCCAUUUUUUUCCACGAGGAAAAA